GAGACUGAGAAAAUUUCCAGAGCAGGAUAAUGGUGUGAGAGGGAGAGCUUCACCUCUCCAUACUUCAGUAGCAGUACAGAGUCUACGGCGGCUCCGAUUCGCCGUCGGAAAUGGCAACCGGCUCCGUUAUCUCCCACCGGAAUUUCGGCUCUUUCGCUGGUUCAGUAGGCAUAGUAAGUCAGGCAGAGAGGUCUACUAGUAUUCACAGAGGAAGGAGGUUUAGCUUUGCUGCAAUGCAGUAUGUGCAUAAGGCUGUGGUAGUGGAUAAAAUUUUCCUUCCAAGAAAAAAUUACUCAUCCUUUGGCUGUAUGUAUACGUGUGACGCCUCAAAUGGUAAACCCUAUAGAUCAACAUCACUGUUUCGAGUUGAAGCCUUCCAACGGAGAGAAUCAAGUGUGGAGGUUCAUGCCCUAGACCAAAGUCCGAAGUUGAGAAGAUGCACAUGGUGUAAGGCGGGUGCUUCAUCUGGACACAGUUGGAUUAAACCAAGGAAGCUAGAUAGUAUUUGUUUCUUUGACAACCAAAGCCAGCACAUAAGGCAUUCACCUCGAAAUAGGGCACAUGCUGGCCUUACAUCUGAUGAGUAUGACAUGACAGGGGCAUUAGAACCUUUUGUGUCUCCAGAUGUCGGUGAUACUGUUCCAAGAGAAGGUGCAAAACCUUGGUUCGAGCAGUUCCCAAAACGAUGGGUGGUAGUACUAUUAUGUUUUGCUGCUUUUCUGUUAUGCAACAUGGAUCGUGUCAAUAUGAGCAUUGCAAUUCUACCCAUGUCAAAGGAAUUCAAUUGGAACAGUGCUACUGUAGGCCUCAUUCAGUCUUCUUUCUUCUGGGGAUAUCUGCUCACACAGAUUGCAGGAGGGAUUUGGGCAGAUAAAUUUGGUGGGAAACUUGUGUUGGGAUUUGGAGUAGUAUGGUGGUCUAUUGCGACCAUUUUAACACCCAUUGCUGCUAAGGUUGGGCUUCCUUUCUUGCUUGUCAUGCGUGCCUUCAUGGGUAUUGGAGAGGGUGUUGCUAUGCCUGCUAUGAACAAUUUACUGUCCAAAUGGAUUCCAGUCGCUGAGAGAAGCAGAUCUCUCGCACUUGUAUAUAGUGGCAUGUAUCUCGGUUCUGUCACAGGCCUAGCCAUAUCUCCUAUUUUAAUUCAGAAGUUUGGUUGGCCAUCUGUGUUUUAUUCCUUUGGCUCCAUAGGGAGCAUCUGGUUUGCAUUUUGGUUGAGAAAAGCGUACAGUUCCCCAGAAGAGGAUCCAGAGCUUAGUAAGGCUGAGAAGAAGUUGAUCAUGGGAGGAAGUGUUCCAAAAGAACCAGUCACCAACAUCCCAUGGAAGCUAAUCUUGUCAAAGGCACCUGUAUGGGCUCUCAUUAUUUCCCAUUUUUGCCAUAACUGGGGGACAUUUAUUCUUUUGACAUGGAUGCCUACGUACUAUAACCAGGUGUUGAAGUUCAACCUCACAGAAUCAGGAUUAUUUUGUGUGUUGCCAUGGCUUACAAUGGCAGUCUGUGCAAAUGUAGGCGGCUGGAUUGCAGACACUCUUGUGAGCAAAGGAUUCUCUAUCACAUCAGUCCGCAAGAUAAUGCAAUCAAUUGGCUUCCUAGGCCCUGCCUUCUUCCUUACCCAACUUAAACAUGUAAACACUCCUGCUCUUGCGGUGUUGUGCAUGGCAUGCAGUCAGGGAUCAGAUGCAUUCUCUCAGUCAGGCCUCUACUCCAAUCAUCAGGACAUUGGACCACGCUAUUCAGGAGUUCUCUUAGGACUAUCCAAUACUGCAGGGGUUUUAGCCGGCGUUCUUGGAACAGCAGCAACCGGAUACAUACUACAAAAUGGAUCAUGGGACGAUGUGUUCAAAGUUGCGGUUGCUCUGUACCUCAUAGGCACAUUGGUAUGGAUCACGUUUUCGACUGGAGAGAAAAUUCUUGAUUGAAUUUGAUCGAUGAACAUCUGAACUUAUCUCUAUUUUUUUGUUGAGAAACCCAUUCAAAGCAAAGGUGCUUGUAAAAGAAUGUCAAACCCUCUCUGGUUUCGAGUAAUGCCAUAUAAUUCUUUUGGAGAAAAAAAUUCAUCCAGUCAGAAUAUUAUACGCAAGAAUAGGAAAAACUAGAAAAACAAGAAGAGAACACUAUAUUUGUGGAGCAUUUUUCAUUCAAAACAAUACAAUUUUCUCUUUUCU